UAGAAUGGCAGGACAAGUAAACUUUAACAAGCCAACUGGAGGAACGAGGAAUCGUGUUGAAGAAAUUUCAGUAUCUGCAGAGAGUUCGUUCAAAAAGCACGACGAAAUAUUACACGAAAUUCAGGAACAAAAUCUGGAGAGAACAAUCAGCAACGAAUUGACCUCGAAUCCUAAUCAAAAUCUUCCUGCAGAUGAUGGCAUAUUGAUUUUGAAGAAUUUAUCGAAUCCAAAAGAAGAGUUCUGUAUAGAUUUGUCAGAUUCCAGCGCGCCAGUCGUCAAAAGAAAAUCUAUGAUUUCUCUUGGAGAAUUUUUUGAAGAAACAAUUUUACCAAAGGAGGAAAUGUAUGGUAUUGAGGAUCACGGGGUUACGCUUGAUUUUGAAUGCUGAAGAGUUAAAUCGAAAAUGUUAAUAAGUAAAUCUUUUUUAUACUAUAACGCCAAGUUCAUUGCAAAAAAAUUCUUGAUCUUGAAAUGUGUCUAGAAAAUCGCCCAUUAAACUGUCGGGAGGGUAGAUAGGAAUUACAUUAUUAGAAUGUAUAUAUGUUAUAUAAACUUUAGAAAUGAUAUAUAAAGAAUUCAUACUCCAGGAAACACUAUCCUUAUUUGGACGGUGGUACCUGGGGCGUAGCUAGCCUCAAACGGGUGGAGGGGAUUGGGGGGGGGGGGCGGGACCCUCCCCCCUGAGGGUUGCUAUAGGAACGUUUUUCGUUGUUUGCAGUGUGACACCACACAAAUCUUCUCGCAUGUGUCUGAGGUUUCAACCUUGACCAGACCCGAACAGAAUAGAAACCUGCUCCCAGGCUAUUCAGGGAAGGUCUAAUGCUCUAUCAAUCCAGUGACAUUCUAAGGUCAGCUCGCCACAAAAUCGGAGACAAUGUGCCCUUGCAUAAAUUCGUACAGCGGCGAGUGAAGUACUUCAUACACUUCUCAGUAUAAAGUUUCAACAAAUUUCAAAAUGGCUACCUGGAUAGUUGAAAUUUCGUCCACAUUAUUUUUGUAUUUCGGAGAGAAUAUGGCUACAAAUUUGACUAGGAAUGAAAAUUGGGGCAGAAAGAAAAAGUCACAAAUGUAUAGUACAAGGUCGCUACACGCUAUCAUAUAUUAUGUUACAUUGUAAGUAUUUUUAAAUACUUUAAAUACAAAUUUAAAAAUUUGUAAUGUAUUGGUUUAGUGCGGUUGAUCGACAAAUAGAUUUCGUCCACCGAUUGCUACAACCCGCCCCCCCUUGUCCUGAUUAUUUUGUACUUGUGGAUUCAACUUCUCCCCACCCAUCACGGAACAAGUCGGCGAUCGGUGGACGAAAUCUAUAUUUUAUCGACGUCCCCUUAUAAUCCUAGCUUGUAUAAAAUUGUUGAUAUAGAACUAGUCAUUGAAUUUUGGAUUUUGAACGUGUACAGGUGUACUUUGAUGUAAUUAGUGGAUAUUCCGCGUAGUAUUAUGGGCAAACAAUUAAAGCUUUUAAAUAUUAGUUCAGUGAAAAUGCUUAAAUGCUUAGGUGCAUGAAGAAUUAAUUCUUGUUAUCAAAUAAUUAUUUAUAAUUAUUAAGUUUAAUAGUCGCUGCUCCACGACUGGCAUCAGGGGCAUGCCGAGCGGGGGGGUGACACCCCAGUUUUUUGAAAAUUGUUGGUAAAGUUUGAAAAUGGUCGGGAAAUUUAUACAAUCGACGGUAAAUUGACGUAUGCCGACUAAAACAUUCGGUAAAAUUAUGCACUUGCGAAAUUUUUAAGAUGCAGUUGUCACUACAUGGUUCUAAAAUACAAC